AUGCAGGGUAAUCGGUUCAUCUCGAAGAGGCUGGAUAGGGCUGUGGCUACUGAUGCUUGGUGUUUUCGUUUUCCGGAAAGCUAUGUGGAGAAUUUGGCGAGGAUGCAUUCUGACCACUGUCUCAUUAUGGUGCGAUGUCAAGGUAAUGAUAGAAGAGUCGGGGUAAAAUCUUUUCGUUUUCAAGUAGCUUGGUCUUAUCACCCAAGUUUUUCGUCGGUGGUCAGGGGUGCUUGGGACAAGGGUAGACCCAAUCCUAUUUGUUGCCUUUCUCAGGUCAGAGAUGAUGCUUUGGCCUUUAACCGAGAUGUCUUUGGGAAUAUUUUUAAAAGAAAGAGGGAAUUAGAGAGGCGUGUGACCAGUAUCCAACAGAGAAUGGAGAGAGUUGAUGCUUUAUCCCUUAUACAGGAAGAAAGGGAGUUACAGGCUGAAUAUAGUAAUCUGCUUAUGCAAGAGGAGUUGUUUUGGUAUCAAAAAUCGCGAGAGCACUGGGUCAAUUUGGAGAUAGGAAUACUAAGUUCUUUCAUAUGCAAACCAUUAUGCGGAGGAAGCGUAGAACUUGAUGUGAUGGGGGACCAGGAAUUACCUUCUUUAUCUCAUGAAGCUAUUGAAAGUCUCACAAGAAAUGUUUCUAAAGAAGAGGUUAGGAAGGUGGUUAUGGGCAUGAACUCUUUUAAGGCCCCAGGUGCUGAUGGUUUUCAGGCUUUUUUCUUCAAGGAAUAUUGGGAAGUGGUUGGUACAGAAGUAUGGGAACUUGUUAAGAAGGCUUUCGCUGGGUUUGAUCUGGAUAGUGCUCUGUUUGACACUUUGGUGGUGCUGAUUCCUAAAGUUGAUAACCCAUCUCGCAUGAAAGAGUUUCGUCCUAUCAGCCUCUGUAAUGUCAUCUACAAGAUUAUAACUAAGGUGGUUGUGGAGAGGUUACGACCUUUUCUACAAGAUAUCAUUGGCCCUCUACAGGGAGGGUUUAUUCCUGGAAGGGGUGCCCCAGACAAUAUCAUUGUAGCCCAGGAAGUUCUCCAUUUUAUGAAGAAAACCAAAUCAAAGAAAGGUGUUCUUGCUUUUAAAAUUGACCUAGAAAAGGCUUAUGACAGGUCUUCCUCCAUUUCUCUAAUGUGGAAUAGUAACCGGUUGGAUGGUUUUCAGCCAAAGAGGGGUUUAAGGCAAGGAGACCCGAUGUCUCCUUAUUUAUUUGUUAUUUGUAUGGAGAGGUUGAGUUGCCUCAUUGCUAGAAAAGUGGAGGUUGGUAGAUGGAAACUAGUAACCGUGUCUAGGGGAGGUCCUGUGAUCUCCCAUCUCCUUUUUGCAGACGACCUUAUCCUUUUUUGCAAAGCGAAGAAAUCUCAAGUGCUUCAUGUUUUGGACACUAUGGCCACCUUUUGCAGAGCAUCUGGUAUGAAGGUGAAUUUUGACAAAUCUCGUGUUAUCUGUUCCAUGAAUGUUUCUAGACAACGCAAGGAUCUCUUCACUGGUAUUUCUUCUAUCCGAUUUGCUAAUUCUCUGGGAAAAUACCUUGGUGUCCCCCUCAAGCAUGGCAGAGUUACUAAAACUGAUUUUAAUGAUGUGGUUGAUAAGCUUACUAAUAGGAUGCAAGUAAGCCUUUUUCCAUCAGGUGUGUGCUCUAACAUUGAUAAGCUUACUAGAAGUUUCAUUUGGUGUGGUAGUCAUAAUCACCGUGGUCUUCAUUUAGCAUCUUGGAGAGUUUUGACGACUCCAAAAAAGUUUGGAGGUCUUGCUUUGAGGGAGUCGCGGUUGGUCAAUUUUUCUUUAUUAGGAAAGCUAGUUUGGCAAAUUUUGAUGAAUCAAGAGAAACUGUGGGUUAAGAUUAUGCUUCAGAAAUACCUCCAGAAUAGAAACCUAUUUGCAGUUAAAGCAAUGGGUUCUUCAUCGUAUAUAUGGAAGUCUAUUGUGCACUCAGCUUCCGUAUUAAAGGAAGGGUUUGUUUGGGAAGUGGGAGCUCUUUCUAAGAAUUUCUGGUUUGACUCUUGGUUGCACUCUGGGCCAGUAAGAGCGAGGGUUGAAUUUCUUGAUAUCUGUGAGGCUGCUUUGACCAUUGAAGAUGUUUACCGUGAUGGAGUUUGGCAUUUGGAGAGGAUUUACUCUUUUAUUCCUAGGGACUUAAGGGAAGACAUUCUUAGUUUAGUACAUAUUUCGGCUUCUGGUCGUGAUUUGGGUUGGAGUUGGGUGCACACUAUUUACUCUGCUAAACAAGGAUAUUUAUGCUUAAUUCAGAAGAAGUUGACUUGGGAUAGGAAUAUCAACUGGCUUUGGCUUUGGAAGGCGCGGGUCCCUGAAAAGUUGAGGCUCCUAGUGUGGCUUUGCCUUCAUGAUGCUGUACCAACUCAAUAUCUGCAUUUUCGGCGACAUCUCUCCUCUUCAUCUUUAUGUACACGUUGCAAUCAACUUCCGGAGACAAUUCUUCAUUGUUUUCGGGAUUGUGAAGUGGUGCGAUCAGUUUGGGUUUCUCUAGGUUUUUCUGAUGUGUGUUUCUUUGGCUCUUACGAGGUGCAUGAUUGGUUCAAGCAUGGCCUCCUCAAUGAAGGUUGUUCCAAAUUUGCAGCUAUAAUAUGGUCAAUUUGGCAGGAUAUCUACUGGGUCAAUUGCAUACAAAGCUCGCAGGGAUUAAAACUUCUGUCUUGGUCUCCGCCGGAACCUGGUGCUUGGAAGUUAAAUUGUGAUGGGAGUGUGAACUUGGGGGAUGAUUGUGCUGGUUUUGGGUGGGUAAUUCGCGAUAGCUCCAGUCAAUGGGUAAUGGGAUGCUCAGGAAAUUCCUUUGGAUCUAGUGUCAUCAAGAUGGAGUUGUGGAGUAUAUGGAAAGGUUUGGCUUGGGCUUGGGAGGCGGGUCUCAAGCUUGUUGUCUGUGAGACAGAUUGCGCGCUUUUGAGCUAG